AUGGCUAGCCCUACUGGCUUCUCGAUCAACGUCAACGAUCCCAGCUUGAUCUCGCUGGUGAACAAACUCCAAGAUGUCUUUUCGACAGUCGGGGUUCACAACCCCAUCGAUUUGCCUCAGAUCGCCGUCGUCGGAUCGCAGUCAAGCGGAAAGAGUUCGGUUUUAGAAAACAUUGUUGGUCGGGACUUUCUUCCUCGUGGUUCGGGAAUUGUUACGCGGAGACCCCUUGUACUGCAGCUCAUCAACAAGCCCGCAAGGAAUUCGGUGAACGGAUCGACAGAUGAGAAGGUGGACAAUACAACGGACGAAGCGGCGAACCUAAACGAGUAUGGAGAGUUUCUUCACAUCCCCGGACAGAAGUUCUACGAUUUCAACAAAAUCCGUGAAGAGAUUGUUCGCGAAACCGAAUCGAAAGUUGGCAAGAAUGCAGGUAUCUCGCCUAUCCCGAUUAACCUCCGCAUCUACUCGCCCAACGUCCUUACCCUUACACUUGUCGAUCUGCCCGGUUUGACCAAGGUUCCCGUCGGUGACCAGCCCAAGGACAUCGAGCGACAGAUCAGGGAUAUGGUUUUGAAGUACAUUAGCAAGCCCAACGCCAUCAUUCUUGCAGUGACCUCCGCCAACCAGGAUCUGGCGAACUCGGACGGUUUGCAGCUGGCACGUGAGGUGGACCCGGAGGGUCAGCGUACGAUUGGUGUGUUGACUAAGGUCGACCUCAUGGACGAAGGAACCGACGUUGUGGAUAUUCUUGCGGGCAGGGUUAUCCCAUUGCGUCUGGGUUAUGUGCCGGUGGUCAACCGUGGCCAGCGUGAUAUUGAGAACAAGCGGCCAAUUGCGUCUGCGCUGGAAAACGAGAAGAACUUCUUCGAGAACCACAAGGCGUACCGUAAUAAGGCUUCUUAUUGCGGAACACCGUACUUGGCCAGAAAACUGAACUUGAUUCUCAUGAUGCACAUUAAACAGACCCUGCCGGACAUCAAGGCCCGCAUUUCCUCCUCCCUUCAGAAGUACAGCUCUGAGCUUUCGCAGCUUGGUGAUUCGCUGCUGGGCAACAGUGCCAACAUUAUCCUCAACAUCAUCACCGAAUUUAGCAACGAAUACCGCACAGUCUUGGAAGGACGGAACCAGGAACUGUCUAGCGCUGAGCUGUCGGGCGGUGCUCGUAUUAGCUUUGUCUUCCACGAGCUUUACUCGAACGGUAUCAAGGCUGUGGAUCCUUUCGACACUGUGAAGGACAUGGACAUUCGGAUGUUCCUCUACAACUCGUCUGGCCCCUCGCCCUCGCUGUUCGUUGGUACCACCGCUUUCGAAUUGAUUGUCAAGCAACAGAUCAGAAGAAUGGAGGACCCCAGCUUGAAGUGUAUUUCUCUGGUCUACGACGAGCUUGUUCGUAUCCUGGGUCAACUUCUGAACAAGCAGCUGUUCCGCAGAUACCCUAUGUUGAAGGAGAAGUUCCACGCCGUCGUCAUUACUUUCUUCAAGAAGUGCAUGGAACCAACGAACAAGCUGGUGCGGGAUCUAGUCAACAUGGAGGCAUGCUAUAUCAACACUGGUCACCCUGACUUCCUCAAUGGCCACCGCGCCAUGGCCAUUGUCAAUGAACGUCAAGCUGCCGGAAAGCCCACUCAGGUUGAUCCGAAGACCGGCAAGCCUCUCCCGAGCCGUGCGAACAGUCCGUCGUUGGAAACCAGCCCCGAAACCACCAACAACUCUGGAUUCUUUGGAAGCUUCUGGGCUUCUAAGAACAAAAAGAAGGCGGCUGCCAUGGAGCCUCCGCCGCCGACCCUCAAGGUGUCGGCCAACAUGUCGGAUCGCGAAAGUGCUGAAGUGGAGGUUAUCAAGCUCCUCAUCACCUCGUAUUACAACAUCGUCAAACGGACUAUGAUUGACAUGGUCCCCAAGGCCAUUAUGUACACUCUCGUCCAAUUUACUAAGGAUGAGAUGCAGCGCGAGCUUCUCGAGAACAUGUACCGUAACCAAGAACUCGACGACUUGCUCAAGGAAAGCGACUACACAAUCCGCCGACGGAAAGAGUGCCAGCAGAUGGUGGAGAGUCUGUCUCGCGCCAGCGAGAUUGUCAGCCAGGUGCAGUAA